UCCGCAGUUUCUCAACUUCACCUCUUCCAGGAGUUUAGCUCAUUGCUGUGGCAAAUAUUUAGAAACUUUGACCAGACACACUCCAGUGUACUGUUUGUACCAGUCACAUGGAGUUCCCCGUACUUGGCCAUGAGUCUGUUGGGGGUGGAAGUGAGUGAACUGGAGCAGCGGCCUCAGGACCUUGGGUACUGUGGAGCAAUUAUCCUGAGCAAAAGGCUAGCUGCAGUGGAAAGUGGACUGCAAGCAGGUGGUGCUGAUCACCUGCCAAGAUAAUAGGAAACCUGGAACUGAGGAACACUGGAAGUGUCCAUAUUAAAAUAUGAAUUGUGGGGGUGGGGGGGAGGACCGUAGUGUAGAAGAACCACUAGUUCUUAAAAUCUGUGUGUAUGAAAUGCAUGAAGUUUUUAUUCCUUAUAUUAAAGUAUAUUGGUAAAAAUAGACAAAUAAAUUCUGGAACAUAAUAGACAGAAAUAAAUCCAGACGAAUAUAUUCAAUAAUUUUUGAAAAAGAGCAAAGGCAGCUCUAAGUAGAAAGUAUAGCCAUUUCAAAAGUGCUCCAGAAAAAUCGAACACUCAUAGGCCAAAAAAAAUAUAUAAAUAAAGAAAAGAAAAAAAAUAUGGAUAUUUUCCUUUUGUCCUUUCCCCCUUGCAAAGGUGAUUUGUGGGCAGAGGCCUCAGAGCAGUGGGUGGGGUGGGGGUAGUUGUGAGAGAUGAAUAAACAGAGAACGGAGGGUUUUCGGGUAGUGAAUUUAUUCUGUACGAUACCACAAUUGUGCACAUAUCUCAAUAACAUUGGUCAAAUUGAUAGAAUUAACAAGGCAGGAGUGAAUGGUAUGUAAAAUAUGAACUCCUGGUGAUGUUGGUUCAAUGUAUGUAAGAAAGCUUACAAAUGAGAGUUUUUAAUUGUAGGAAAGUCUGAGUGUGCGUGUGGAGUGGACAUACGUGGCCAUUGUCAAAUUUACUCUUUAGUUUUUCUGUGAAACUUAAGCUGUAUUGCGGAAACAAAUUCUAGAAAUGGACAACAAAAUUCUUAUUCUAACUGACAGUUCUAGGGAAGCUGAGUUUAUAUUAUUCUACUAUUGUUGUGGUUUAACAGUGUUCAUCUCCUGAAUAUUUGAACUGAGAUCAGAAUUCCGUACGAUGGGAUGUGAGAAUUCACUGAACUGAAGGAUGGAAAACUUGGAUUCUAAGACAAGUUAUUUAUUCAUUUAUAUAUUUAUUUAUUUAUUCAUUCAUUUUUUAUUUGACAGGUAGAGUUAUACACAGUGAGAGAGAGAGACAGAGAGAAAGGUCUUCCUUCCGUUGGUUCACUCGCCAAAUGUCCACUACAGCCGUAGCUGUGCUGAUCUGAAGCCAGGAGCCAGGUACUUCGUCCUGGUCUCCCAUGCAUGUGCAGGGCCCAAGCACUUGGACCAUCCUCCACUGCACUCCCGGGCCACAGCAGAGAGCUGGACUGGAAGAGGAGCAACUGGGGUUAGAACCCGGUGCCCACUGGGGUGCCGGUGCCGCAGGUGGAGGAUUAAACAAGUGAGCCAUGGCGCCGGCCCCAACAAGUUCUUUUAUUGCUGUAUUGGUGACACUAUAUUUCACUGAGGUACCAAUUGCUCAUCGUUAAACAUCAAAACAAAUUUGGACUAGCUGAUCUCAGAGAUCCCUUUUAUCUUAGGAUUAUAUGACCGUGGGGCUAGUGUUUGGUGGAAUACUUAAUAUGCCAUUUGGGAUUCCUGCAUUUUCUAACAGGACCUGAGUUUGAGUCUCAGUGAUGCUCUCCAUUCCAUGUUCCUGAUAACGCACACCCUGACAGGCAGCAGGCAAUGACUCAUGUUCUUGGGGCCAUGCUACAUAUGUGCUUGGCUUGCAUUGAGUUUCUGGCACUCAGUUCUAGUCUGACCAAGCACCAGUCAUUGUGGGGCUUAGAGGAGUGAAACUGCACAUGGGAGGUCACUCUGUCUCAUCUUUCUAUCCCUGUCCAUCUCUCUACUUUGCUUUCCUUAGUUUUUUUUUUUCCAAUUAAUUUAUUUAUUUGAAAGUAAGAGUUAACACUGAGAGAGAAAGAGAGGCAGAGAGAGAGAGGUCUUCCGUUUUCUGUUUUCCCUCCUCAGAUGGCCGCAAUGGCCAGAGAUUUGUGAUCCAAAGGCAGGAGCCAUGAGCUUCUUCUGGGUCUCCCACACAGGUGCAGGAAUACAAAGACUUGGACCAUCUUCCACCACUUUCCCAGGCCAUCACUGAGAGCAGGAUUGGAACUGGAGCAUAUGGGACUCAAACCUGUUGCCUACAUGGGUUGCUGGUACUGUAGGCAUUGAUUUACCCACUAUGCCACAGUAUAGGCCUCCCAUCUCUCUACUUUUUGAGGAAGAUUAUCCAGGAUUUUUAUAAACACUAUGUGUAUAUGAAAAGUUCAGGCAGGACGUCAGCUCAUGUGAAAGGAGGAGAUACAGAGCAGGGUCAUUUAUCUUCAAAGAGUAAUGUGAUUGCUGUAAAGAGAGUGACAGAGCUCAUUGAACCCAAAACAAAUUGGUGUGGUUCUGUUAAGAGUUUAGAACUAUGUGAAUUAGGCAGAAGAUUUCUUCUCUUUGCCCUGGAUGUAGCAUUCACCAAGAAGUGGAAUUGUUCAUGUUCUGACCUUUUUUGGCCCUGAUUUUAAUCAAUUGUUGUGGUAAUCAUUAAAUAAAUCAUGUUUGUUUUUCAAGUGACUGAUUAGAGUGAGUCACGCAACAGAGAAUCACAGCACACUCUGAAAAUGUUCCUGAACCCAAGUGAAAGGAAAGUCUUGCUUGAGGUAGAGAGCAAGACAUGGGACACAUGGGGUCAGUUCAGAAGCCUAACAUCAGCAGUUUGUGUAUCUUUGGCCUUGGAACUGAGUCCCCAAGGCCAAGUUUCCUCAUCCCUCAAAUUGAAUGAUUUUACCUUAGGCAAAGGGAACAGAAUCCAAAGAAUGUGUAGGGUGUGAACCUCUCUGUUAAUUAUCAGAAUCUCUUGCAGGCACUGCGGCUCAACAGUCUAAUCCUCCACCUAGUGGCGCUGGCACACCGGGUUCUAGUCCUGGUCGGGGUGCCAGAUUCUGUCCUGGUUACCCCUCUUCCAGGCCAGCUCUCUGCUAUGGCCCAGGAGUGCAGUGGAGGAUGGCCCAAGUGCUUGGGCCCUGCACCCCAUGGGAGACCAGGAGAAGCACCUGGCUCCUGCCUUCGGAUCAGCGUGGUAUGCCGGCUACGGCGGCCAUUGGAGAGUGAACCAACGGCAAAAAUAGGAAGACCUUUCUCUCUCUCUCUCUCUCUCUCUCUCUCACUGUUCACUCUGUAUGUCAAAAAACAAAAUUAUCAGAAUCUCUUUAUUCUUGACCAAUAAAACACUUUCUAAGUUGGUCUUGACAAGACUUAACUUUUAAAAUACAGUUUAGAGUGCUUGCUUCCACAGCACAUAUACUAAAAUUGUAAUGAUACAGAGAAGAUUAGCAUGGCCUCUGUGCAAGGAUGACACGCAAUUUCGUGAACUGUUCCAUAUUUUUUUCUGGAAUCAACCCAUAUGCCCCUCAACAGUAGACUGGAUAAAGAAAUUAUGGGACAUGUGCUCUACAGAAUACUAUACAGCAGUAAAAAAAAAAUGAAAUCCAGUCAUUUGCAACAAAAUGGAGGAAUCUGGAAAACAUCAUGCUGAAUGAAUUAAGCAAGUCCCAAAGGACAAAUAUCAUAUGUUCUCCCUGAUCGGUGACAGCUAACCGAGCACCAAAAAGGAAACCUGCUGAAGUAAAAUGGACACUAAGAGAAAGAGUGACUUGAUAAGCCCUUGUCCUGACUGUUGAUGUACAAUUUAAUACUUUAUCCCUUUUAGUUUUUUUUUUGUUCUACUUAAUACUAUUGGUUGAACUCUGUAAUUAACACACAAUUAUUCUUAGGUGUUUAAAUUUAACUGAAAACAGUUUUUCAUUUCAAAAGUUAAUUUUUCAUUGCUAUGCUAUAGAAAAAAAGUUGAAUUCUUCAUAUUAAACUUGCACCCUGAAACAUACUAGAAUUAUUAAAUAGAUUUGGGAGUUUUUUGUUAUUUGCUUUUUUAACUUUGAUUUUCUUGCUUUUAGCUUUUCUUUUUUAAAUCUUUGAAAUUUUCUACAUAGUCAAUCAUAUGGUGUGCAAACAAGGACAAUUUUAUUUAUUACUUCCAAGUUGGUAUAUUUAAUCUACUUUUCUUGUUGUUACAUUAGAUGGAAUGUUUAGUAGGAUGCCAAAUAGGAGUGGUAAGAGGAGACAUCCUGCCUUAUUCAUGACCUUAACCAGGAAGUUUCAAGUUUCUCACCAUAAGUGAUCACAUUAGCUGUGUUAGUGUGUACUCUGUUAGCUACCACAGAUCAGAAAGCAAAUAUAGUAUUUAUCUUUUUUGGACUGCUUUAUUUCACUAAGUUUAAUAAUUUAGAGUUACAUCCAUUUUUGUUGACCACUGUGCAGUAUUUCAUAAUUUGUGUGUGUGUGUGUGUGUAUGAUAAUUUCUUUAUACAGUCAUCAGUUGAUUGACUUCUGGGUUGAUUCCAUUUCUUAGAUAUUAUGAAUUGAGCUACAGUAAACUUGGGAGUACGGAUGUCUCUUUCAUAUGUUGAUUUCUUUUCAUUUAGAUAAAUUCAUUUUGACAUAGCUUCAAGUCACACUCACGUAUACAUUUUCUAUAAAUAAAAUACAUAUAUAUUUUAUAUUUAUAAUGCAUUAAUAUAUGUCAUAGCAUAUUGUCAUUUCUUUCAGUCAUAAAUUCUCAAGUGAACAUUAUUUAUAGACACAGAAUUUAGCAUAAUUUUCUUGUGUCAUAAUUAACUUUCAUUCAUGGAUGAAUAUUGAAACCACCUGUUUUUCUUUUCUUUUUUUUCAAUAACCAAUACAUGAGCACACCCUCCCAGUACAAUGAAAUUGCAAUUUCCCGAGUGGGCACAGGAAACAAAGUGAUACAACUUAUGAGUGUCUUAUUUUCAUCUCUGUCAUGGAGGCAAAGUUCACUCAGGAGAGAGGAUUAAGUGCAUCAAUGCUUGACCCAUCAGAGAAGCAUAUUAGCAAGAGUGGUAUAAAGCCUGUGCUUCCCAGCUCACAGGAUCCCAGGAAGAAGAGAAUGGAUCCAGUUGUGGCCCUGGUGUUGGGGCUCUGCUGUUUGCUUCUCCCUUCACUCUGGAAGCAGAAUUCUGGGAGAGGGAAGCUCCCUCCUGGCCCCACUCCUUUCCCCAUCAUUGGAAAUAUUCUCCAGAUAGAUGUUAAGGACAUCAGCAAAUCCCCAACUAAGGUCUCAGAACGCUAUGGCCCCGUGUUCACUGUGUAUCUGGGCAUGAAGCCCACUGUGGUGCUGCAUGGAUACAAGGCAGUGAAGGAGGCCCUGGUUGAUCUUGGAGAGGAGUUUGCUGGAAGAGGCAGUUUUCUUAUAGGUGAAAAAGUUAAUAAAGGACUAGGUAAAAAUGUUUUAAGCAAUGCAAAGACAUGGAAGGAGAUGUGGCGCUUCUCACUCAUGAUCCUGCAGAAUUUCGGGAUGGGGAAGAGGAGCAUUGAGGACCAAGUACAAGAGGAGGCCCGCUGCCUGGUGGAGGAGCUGAGAAAAACCAGCGGUGGGUGA